AAAUAGUUUAUGUCCGCAGAAAAUGGAUAUGGAAAAAUCAACCACUACAUGGACUAUAUUUGAAUCUUUGAACUUACUGUGCCAAACAAAUGGGACAUGCAAUGCCAAGUUAAAAUUGUAUUUAUCCAAACAGAUAUGGAGUCCAUCAGACAGAAGUAACCUGAUGAAUUCAUUGUGUGAUCUGUUUAUUAACCAGAAGUGUACAGAAGAUAUCUGCAGGCAUUUUCAGCCAGUGAUACUGGAUGUUGCAGAACGAGCCAAGACAGCCAUUUUGAAGCAGGGUGAUCGUCUUGUGUACAAACGAUUUGCAGUUGCUCUGAGCCGUGGUUUGCAUGUCAGUCCAGAUGUUCAAAGAUUUGCUGUGGAGUUUUUGAAAACCUACAAACCAUUUCAUACCAAGGACCCUAGCAGUGAUGGACAGCCUGAGAAAAAGAAAAUGAAAAGAAAUAAGAUUUCUGACAAGGAUGUUUGUGAGGCAAUCUGGAGAUAUGUGUAUUACGCUGAAGAUGACGUCUGUGAUUACAUAACUCUUGAACAUGUUGUCCACUUCCUGUCCAGCAAGGACCAAGUUGUCAGAUGGUGUGCUGCUAACACGGUGUCUAAGAUUCUCAAGAUGUCCGCCGACCAAAAACAAAAACUUUUCAGGAAGUACUUUACUACUGCCGAGAAGACUGAUCUCUCUGUCAGAUUCUUCUUCGAAGAGGAAGGAAGGAAAAUACUGUCCCACUUAUCUGCUGACCUGGUUGCCAAGGAGAUGUCUCCUUCCCAAACUCACACCAUGCAGGCUAUUAUGGACACAGAUUUCAGCAGUAGUGUGGUUGAAGUAGCUGGCAUUCUUAUUCCAAAGUUUAAUUCUGGUCAAGCUGACAAUAUGCCGUCUACAGGUUGUCUGAUUCCUGUGGCCUCCAUGCUGAACAACCUCCGAAGUCUGGCCCUUGCUGUGGUGUCUGGAAAUUCAGUUCUUCUACAAGGUCCUGUGGGCAGUGGCAAGACGUCCCUGGUGGAGCACCUGGGUCAGGUCACGGGGAGAUCCAAGUCACCAGACUUACUCAAAAUACAGCUCGGUGACCAGACAGAUAGCAAAACACUGCUGGGUAUCUAUAGAUGUACUGAGGUGCCCGGACAGUUCGUGUGGCAGCCAGGUAUUCUGACACGAGCCAUCACAGAAGGUCACUGGAUUCUCCUCGAGGACAUAGAUCACGCACCAAUGGAUGUCGUGUCCAUCUUGUUGCCACUGCUGGAAAACGGCUGCCUGUCUGUGCCAGGCCAUGGAGAUAAUGUCCGAGCACACUCAGGAUUCAGACUCUUCGCAACUCAAAGGUUGAUUGGAGGAAGUGGAUGCUGGUACAACCAGCACAGCAGUAGCUCAGUGUUGCUGGACAAGAUGUGGACGAAGAUUAACGUGGAACCGCUGAGUCGACCAGAGUUACAGAUUGUGAUCUCCACCAAGUUUCCAUUGCUGACUACUGUUGUCGAUAAGCUCUUGGACAUCUACUUCCUGUUGUCUGCUGGAAAGCAUGAUGUUGUUGCCAAUGGCAAUAUGUCACCAAGCACAGACACUGCUGGCAAAUUCUUGUCUCAUGAUGGUCGCUUGGUAUCCACAAGGGACUUGAUGACUUGGUGUAGCCGUAUCAGUGCUGAUUUUGACGUUUCGUCUUCUGAAUCGGGCCUUAGGGUCUUCCAAGAAGCUGUGGACUGUUUUGUUGCAUCACUGCCCAAGGUUAAUAAGAGAACACCAUUGGCAGAAGCUAUUGGGGCCAAACUAAACAUUAAUAAGAUCCAGGCAGAAUACUUCUGCUCCAAGCAUAAGCCCAACAUUGACAUCACACCCAGUACAUUCACUGUGGGUAGAGUGGCCCUUCAAAGAAAACCAGUGGACAUCAUUAAACUGAAAAGGUUGUCGCAAUGCACGUUUGCUUUCACCCGUCAGUCGGUGUCUUUGCUUGAGAAAGUGACUGUGUGUGUAGCUAGGAAUGAACCAGCACUGCUAGUUGGAGAAACCGGAACGGGAAAAACAUCAUCAGUUCAGUUCUUAGCUCACCAGCUUGGUCAUAACCUGCAUGUGAUUAACAUGAACCAGCAGAGUGACAGCACAGAUCUUCUUGGAGGUUUCAAGCCAGUUGACUUGAAGUUUGUCAUCAUGCCAUUUAGAGAGGACUUUGAAAUGCUGUUCUGUAAAACGUUCUCCAGAAAACAAAAUUCAAAGUUCUUGGGACACAUUCAGGACUGCUUUUUAAAAAAGAGAUGGAAUGAUUUACUUACUCUUAUGGAUCACACGCAACGGUCGGCAUGUGUCAAGUACAAGGAAGAUCCAGACACUCUCAAAGAAUGGCAGCAGAUGGGACACAGACUGCACCAGCUGCGAGUUCAAGUCCGACAGAUUGAAAACGCUCUGGCUUUCGCUUUCAUAGAAGGCACUCUGGUUACAGCUCUUAAGAAGGGAGACUGGGUUCUUCUUGAUGAGAUCAACUUGGCUGCUGCCGAGACUCUGGAAUGUCUGAGUGGUCUUCUAGAAAGUACUACCGGCUCUGUAGUCCUCACAGAACGAGGAGAUAUGGAACCCAUUGUGCGUCAUGCUGAUUUCCGUCUGUUUGCCUGUAUGAACCCAGCUACAGAUGUCGGCAAGAAAGAUCUCACACUGGGAAUUAGAAACAGGUUUACAGAGCUGUUUGUUGAUGAGUUGGAUGAUACUCAGGAUCUCAAGAUUCUUGUUAACGAUUACCUGAAAGGUUUGGCUCUGGCACCCACUCACAUCGAUGGAAUUGUCCGCUUUUACCUGAAAGUCCGGAUGGAAGCUGAGAAACAUUUGACCGAUGGAACAGGACACAGACCUCAUUUCAGUUUGAGAACACUGUGUCGAGCCCUCAAGUUUGCUGCUCCGAACCCAUGUGGCUUAGUAGCUCGAUCACUGUAUGAGGGAUUUUGUCUCAGUUUUCUCACUCAGCUCGAUCGUUCUUCUCAUCCUGUUGUAAAGAGACUUAUUUGCGAACUUGUGAUUGGAAAGUCGAACAUCAAGUCAAUCUUAAAACAUCCGAUUCCUGCGCCCUCUGGUGGGAAAUACCUCUCCUUCGAAGGCUACUGGAUAUCUCAGGGCUCUCUGGAACCGACCGUCCCAGAUGAUUAUAUCCUGACCCCCUCAGUGAGGGACAACCUCAGGGAUUUGGCACGAAUAGUGUCAGCUGGACAACACCCAGUUCUGAUCCAAGGUGAGACGUCGGUGGGUAAGACCAGUUUGAUAACCUGGCUGUCCAAGGCGAGUGGAAACCGGUGCGUGCGUGUCAAUAAUCACGAACACACGGACUUGCAGGAAUACAUUGGCUGCUACGCGGCAGACGCGAGUGGGAAGCUUGUCUUCAAAGAGGGAGUUCUGGUGGAGGCCAUGAGGCAGGGUUUCUGGAUCAUCCUGGAUGAGCUCAACCUGGCUCCCAGCGAUGUUCUCGAGGCACUAAACAGGCUUCUUGAUGACAACCGAGAACUGUUUAUUCCCGAGACACAAGAGACGGUGAAAGCUCAUCCCAAGUUCAUGUUGUUUGCAACUCAGAACCCUCCGGGACAAUAUGGAGGAAGAAAGAUGUUGUCAAGAGCAUUCAGGAAUCGAUUUAUAGAACUCCAUUUUGAUGAGCUGCCAAGUGGAGAGCUGGAGACUAUCCUACAUCAGCGCUGCAGCAUUCCCAUGUCGUAUGCUAAAAGACUGGUGGCCGCCAUGUUGGAUCUGCAGACGAGGCGGCGUGGAUCGGGUGUGUUCGCUGGCAAGCAAGGCUUCAUGACGCUGCGUGAUUUGUUCCGCUGGGCCGAGAGAUACAGGGCCACUGGAGCUCAGACCAGCAACAAGUUCUACGACUGGGAUCAGCAUCUUGCAGACCAUGGCUACAUGUUGCUGGCUGGGAGAGUAAGAAAACCAGAAGAAGCGGCUGUCAUACAGGAGGUGAUCAAAAGACACCUGAAGAGAGCAGUGUCACCAGAAACACUGUUUGACCUAUUUGCCAAAACCUCACCCACCACUGUGGCCAUGUUGAAGGACGUGGUUGGCCAAUCGGUAGAGGGCUUUCAGCAUGUGGUUUGGACUCACAGCAUGAGGAGAUUGGCUGUUUUGAUUGGCCAAGCUAUAAAAUUUCAGGAGCCUGUUCUGCUUGUUGGUGAAACUGGGUGUGGGAAGACAACGGUGUGCCAGCUUUAUGCGGCCAUCAACCAGCACCAGCUGUACAGCGUGAACUGUCACCUCCACACCGAGAGUGCUGACUUCCUCGGUGGACUCCGGCCGGUCAGAGACCAUGCAGACAACGAAAGUGAGAAAGACCACAAACUCUUUGAGUGGGUUGACGGCCCGCUCGUGACUGCCAUGAAAGACGGCGAAAUGUUCCUCAUUGAUGAAAUUUCCCUUGCUGAUGACUCUGUUCUUGAGAGACUGAACAGUGUGCUUGAGCCAGAACGGAGGCUGCUAUUGGCUGAGAAAGGUGGUGGUGAUGGCAACCAGAAUGAAGUGGAGCAUGUGGUUGCUAAGGAAGGAUUCCAGGUGUUUGCCACGAUGAAUCCUGGUGGGGAUUUCGGUAAAAAGGAGCUGUCCCCAGCCUUGAGGAAUCGGUUCACAGAGAUUUGGUGUCCACCGACCAAUCAAAGGCAAGACUUGAUAGAAAUAAUUGAGCAUAACCUUAAAGAUGGUAUUUGUCUGUCCAAUCAGCAAGAUGGUACCAGUGGAUUUGGGACAGCCAUGAUGGGUUUCAUAGACUGGUUCCGCAACAAUGAAAUUGGGAAAAGGAUCACUGUGAGCAUCAGAGAUAUCCUCAGCUGGGUCCAGUUCAUCAAUACCUGCAGCAGACGACAGACCACUGAUGUUGUCAUGGAAACUGAGGACACUGCUGACCUUGACCCUGUUAUUGCCUACAUCCAUGGGGCCUGUCUGGUGUUUCUCGAUAGUCUAGGAACUGGAAAUACACAGAGAGGAGAAGACUUCAGUGCUGAAUUGGCCCGGCGGACUUGCCUGGAUUUCCUGCUUGAACAAGUGAACCAGUUUACUGGUCACAAGUUCUCAUUGGCUGAUCUCCAACUGACACACCAGACAGAGGCUGCAGGAAAGAUGGCCAUUGUCAACACUGAUCACGUGUUUUCUAUUCCACCUUUUACCAUUGAAAAGGGUGACCAGUCUGACAAUACAGAAGAGAAGUAUGCCCUUCAGGCCCCAACGACUUGUGUGAACGCUCAGCGCAUCCUUCGAGCCCUUCAGCUGCCAAAACCUCUUCUUCUCGAGGGUUCUCCUGGGGUGGGCAAAACCAGCUUGGUCACAGCCAUAGCCAAGGCUGCCCAGAGACAGCUUGUGCGCAUAAAUCUGUCCGAACAAACGGAUGUGACUGAUCUGUUUGGAGCUGACCUGCCUGUGGAGGGAGGGGAAGGUGGAAUGUUCGCAUGGAGGGACGGGCCACUGUUACAGGCUUUAAAAUCAGGACACUGGAUCGUUCUUGAUGAGCUGAACCUUGCCUCCCAGUCUGUCCUGGAAGGACUGAAUGCAUGCCUUGACCACAGGGGAGAGGUUUACAUCCCGGAACUCGGCAGAACGUUCCACAUACAACACAACAAGACGAGACUGUUCGCCUGCCAGAAUCCUCUAAAUCAGGGCGGGGGAAGAAAAGGCCUGCCCAGAUCGUUCCUCAACAGAUUUACACAAGUUUAUGUAGAGCCCUUGUCAAGAGCAGACUUGCUUUUCAUUGCUGAGACGAUGUAUCCCAGAAUUCCUUCGGAUUUAUUAGCCAAAAUGGUGGACUUUAACAUGAUGAUGUACGACCAGACUGCAGUGAAGUUUCUCCUGGGUCGGAGAGGAGGACCAUGGGAGUUCAACUUGCGUGACCUCUUCCGCUGGUGUGAUCUGCUUCUAGCCAAUCAGAAAGCAGAGCAUCUGAAUCCCGGCGACUAUGUCAGUCUGAUCUAUGAAAACAGAAUGAGGACCACACAGGACAAGAAACAGGUUUUGGAUUUGUACACAAGUCAUUUUGACAGCAAAUACCCUGUUUAUUGUGGCAGUGGUUUUGUUCACAUUGGAAACAACCAUGUUCAAGCUGGCCACUCAUUCUUGCCUAGAGGUCAGCCAGAGGUUAAAGCGGCAAGGUCAAGGUCACUGCAGAUACUGCACCAGCAGCUGAAGCCAUUGGAGUCGGUCAUGAAGUGUGUGGAGAUGAAAUGGAUGACCAUCUUGGUUGGGCCCCAGUCGAGUGGUAAAACCAGUCUAGUUAGUCUGCUUGCCGAGCUGACGGGAACCACGCUACAUGUUCUGCCAAUGAACAGCUCCAUGGACACCACAGAGCUGCUGGGCGGCUUCGAACAGAGUGAUGUUUUCCGCCAUGUUGAGGAAAUGGCCGUUGAAAUAGGAGCCGAGAUUCGUCACUGUCAGCGUGUGCUGUUAACACAGGGUGACGUGUCGACAUCCGGUCUGAUCCUGGCACUAGAGAAAGAGUGGAACACUUAUAGACAGUUGAGAGAUGACAGAAUGGCAAGAACAGCUGUAGAGGAGUUUGAUUUCCUGAAGGUCAAGGUCAGAUCACUAAAUGCUGUGAUGGAACUGUUGCAAAAAAUCUCCAGGCAGCAUAGGAUCUCUUCAGGAGAUAAACUGCAGUUGGUAUCUCUCAAGCUGAAAACUCUCUUCAAUAAUUUGAUUGGUUCACAAUCUAACAAUGGGGCAGGCACAUUUGAAUGGGUCGACAGUUUAUUGGUCAAAGCUUUGGAGGUGGGGCACUGGCUGUUGAUUGACAAUGUCAACUUCUGCAGUGCUUCAGUUCUGGACCGGUUGAAUGCCCUGUUGGAACCCAAUGGUGUGCUUAGCAUCAAUGAGCGAGGGGUGAUGGAUGGAGAAAUAAUCACAAUCAAAGCUCACCCAAACUUCAGGUUAUUCCUUGCCAUGGAUCCCAAGUUUGGAGAGAUAUCAAGAGCAAUGAGAAACAGGGGUGUAGAAAUCUACAUACCAGGCGAGGAUGAUGGCUGCCCUUACUCAGACUUUGAUGUCAAGACAAUGUUGAAAGAUCUUGGUCUGAAUAGUAAACCAGCUUGUGAUUGGCUUAUUGGGCUGCAUCAGGAGAUGAAAGUGAGGCUGCCUCACAGUGAUCAGCCAAUGAUUGUGGACCUACUGUGUGCCGCAGUGAUGACAGUUCAACAAGUGGAAAGGGGUGUAUCUUUUGCUGAUUCCCUCUAUCAUGCAGCAAAUGACAUCUAUGUUCGCAGUCUAAAGAAUUUUAUAUCCAAAGGGACAGCCAAAGAGAUUUUAACUGAAUCACUGGGAAAACUGAAAGACGAAACUUUCAAGAUGGCUGAUUCCAGUAUUGAUUUAGGCCUGUGGCCGGUGUGUCUGCCUGGGAGUGCCGAGUACAUGGAUGAUGUGACACUGGCCAGUGUUCGGUUUCAGUCGGGUGUGCUCACGUUUCUCAUUGACAGAGUCUUACAAACACAGCAGCAUCACACUGCUAGUGAUAACUCUAUGGAGACAAACAUCCAUGAAGAUUCGACAUCUCUUUCCGUCAAUGUCGGUCAUCUUAGAACGGCGGUGGACAUUUUUGUGUCACUGGUUCCAGAAAAGGAUUUCAAGUUUGCCUCUCACUGGUUCCGUACAUUUAUGGAGCAGAACUGUAGAGACACAAAACUUGUAUCCAAGGGUGUGGAAGGGCAGGUUUGGAGUUUGGAAGCCAUGUUGAAGUGUUUACCACAAUUGGUGACAGACAGCCUAAACAGACUGGCGGACCACACAGAGAUGAAGAAACAAAGACAGGUCUGGCAGACAUCCUGUGGUGACUGUGAACUAGCUCAUAUUUUAGUGUCUGACCAGCCAUGGGACAUUGGAUGGAAUCCACAACUUGUUGACAGGAUAGGUUUCCUCUGUCAAGACACUGAAGAAAACACCUACGAUGCAAUUGUGUCUACAAUCCAUAGACUCUAUGUUUUUCACACGUUGAACAUAACCAGCAUGAUGUACAGACCACUGAAGGAGAGACUAGAGGAAAACUGUGUCCGAGCCCAGUCAUCUCACUCUGUGCAGUCGAAAGUGCUCGUUCACCUCUUCAACAUGGUCACUGAGCUGGAGGCUGCCAUUCCUGACCUGGUGGAAACUCUUGACGGUCUGACCGAACAGAACCUCUUUAAGAUCUGGGAUGCUGUGCACUGGUUGCCAAGAAUGCUUCACGUUACUAAACUGUGGCGUGAGAUCCCCAAGAUGGUCUUCCUGUCUCAGAUCACACUUCACUGGAACUGGUUUGAGAAGAAGUUCCUUCAACAGUUCCUUAGACAAAACAGUUCAUGUGUGUCCACAAAACUCCACUCUGUAGUAGUUCAGCUUCAGAACCUUCUAGGACAGGAUAACAUGGCAGCAAAAUGUUUUGAGAAGUUCUGGGCAGCCUGGGGUCACCCUCCAGCUUUCCUCAGCGAGUCCGAGUUCGAGCUCUCCCAGUCAGUUCAGGAACUGGUGCAGGCCUUGAAUGUGUAUGAUGACUCGCCUCUUCUCACGGUCAGGGAGAAAGUCCGAGUCGCGACGCUCAAGUCUGAGUUGAGGAGAGAUGUGAUGGUGCUGGUGGAAGCAGAUGAAUUGUUGAAGGAAAAUGUCAAAGAUACAAGUGAAAAGUUAAAAUCAGCUGGGAUUCUGAAAAAAUAUGACGACAGUAUUGAACCAGACUCUCAGACACUUACCCCUGAAAUCAGUGUCGACUUGGAACCCAAUUCUCCAUUCAUCCAUGUUGACCUUUGGCCUGUCUUUGAGCACAUCUGCAUCCUUGCAGAACUUUCUAUGUUGCCAAGCAUUUGGAAGGAUUGUCCGGUGUCUGCUUCACACAUAACUGAUUUCAGUAAACAGUUCACCCCUGAAAUAGCGUGUCAGUUUAUCGUUUCUAAAGCUGACCAGCUGAAACAGGUGUCGGUGGUAAGGAAGGUCAUGAAAAGACUUUGGUCGUGUGCCGCGACCAGAAACACCGAUCGUUGGCUCACGUGGUAUUCAGACCUGGAGGAGGAAGCACCAGUAGCAAACAAAAUUAGAGGUCCAGAGAUGCUGCUGCUGGCUCCAGUUAGUCACAUGAUGUUCUUCCUGCUGUCACAUGACCAGAACGAGAAGCAGACGGACAUACUGCCUCUUCGUGUUCCCCUCGCCGACUUCCAGCGUCAGCUCAAUAAACUCUCACUGGUUUCUUCUCACCUGUGGACACAUGCUUCAACCCUGGCUGCAUCAGAGUAUAGCAUCAGAAACCUCCAACAGGAAUAUCUUGUGAGCAGUUUCAUCCAUCUACUGGACUCUCUCACUUGUCUUCUCCAUGUUGAGACAAAGACUCAAUGGACGACUAUUAUUAACAGACUCAAAUCACAGUUUGACUCACACAUCCUCAGCAAAGAGACUUUGAUGGAAGCCCACAGCAUCGCUGUACAGGCAGCAUCGGCCAGCCUGAGUGAGGCUGUAGUAGCCGUGUUGGCGAGGUGUUUUGAGGUGAUGGAGGAUAUCGUGGGGCUGAGAGACAAUGUCUCUGUUGUGGAUGUGGGACAUGCCUUGGUAUAUGUGGGGCUUGCCCAUGCCCUGCUGUUGUCUCCAGUGGGGCCAGUGGAUCCAGUGGAGAAGAAGAUGAUUAAACUGAGACAUGUAACUGAUGAGCUUUUAGAAAUUGAGUGUGAACUCGCUGUUAGAGAUCUUCAUCAGAGAAUGAUGACAGGCGAGUCUCUGUUUGAGAUUGGAUGUUCUCACCCGCGCGUUCGCUACCUGCUGGCCCGAAGAGAUCAGUUAACUGUGCACAAGGAAAGGUUGCAGAAAGAGAAAGUCUACAGACCUGACUUGUCUCAGUACUGCAGAUUAACUCAAGAUGUUGGCAACUAUCUGCAAACAGUAGGCUCUGUCCAGAGUGUCACUGGGUUAUUAAGCAAACUGAUUUUGACCAAUCGAAUGCUGCAUGAGAUGCGGUGUGACCCCGUGGAAACAGCCAAUGCUGUGCAAGAAGAGAGAGUGUGGCAGAGAACCCAGCACAAGUUCCUGGAGAGACUGGAAGACGUGUACCCGUGUUACGUGGAUAUACUGGAGCCCUUCGUGGUGGCGGUGUACCAGAUCUCGCUCGGGAUGAGAGUCAUUGCUCAGAAUGUGGACAGUGCCUUGAAAACACAUCAGCUGAACUUUGGCCAUUCACCAGAGCACUUGAUUACAAAGCUUACAAAGUUUCCCGUGAUCUGCCAGACUGUUCCCAGCAUCCUCCAGCUAGCCAAUGACUUGACCUCCGAACCCACGCUACAGAUGAUGAAGAAACUGACCACAACACAUCUUACAGAAUAUGCUAUCAGUGGAGAAAAACAGAUUCUCUCUAAAUUGUUCAUAGUAGCCUUACUCCUCAUCAAAAACCACAGCAUUCUGUCACGUGAGCUGACCUUUGAAGUGACCUUUGCUCUGUCCCGCGUCUUUGAUCUAUUCGUAUCAAUCUGGUCCGAGCAGGAAGAAAGGAAACGUCAAAAGGAGAUUGAGGAUGAGUCACUCUACCGAUACAAAGACCAGGUUCACGGGGAUGAGAGAAGUGAGCAAGAAAUCCAGGAUGACGAAUUCAAAUCAAGUUUUCCAACAUUUGAAAAGGACUUCUCUGAUGUAGCUGGUCCAAAAGGUCUUGAAGACUCUAACACAGAGUUACCAACAGAGGGCGACAGUCUCAGUGUCGAACUGCCUGAAGUCAUAACACUAGUGGAGAUGAGGGAAAUACACAAAACUCACCACCAGGUGUUCACGCAAAUGACCUCCACAGACUGGAUCGCAAAGGUGAAACCGUCGCAGUGCUUGAGCAGAGGACAUGUCAAUCCAGCUCUGAUGAGCUACAGUGUGGCGGCAACUCUUGGCAAGUUGUCCCAUGGAUGUUUAGACUCCAGCAUAGACAGUCACUUGCUUGGUGGACAUCUUUUGAUUAGUGGUUCUGUGCAGUCAACCGUUCACCAGAGUUUGGAAAUAGAAGCCGACAUAGAUUCUUCAAAGGAUGAUCCUCUCCGCAAAAUACCAACAGAAUAUUAUGAUGUUUAUCGUGACCCAAAUAUUUCUGAAGUCGUCCAGUGCCGGCCGGUUCUAGAUCGGUUUUGUGUCCGAGUCAGCGAGUUACAAAGCGAGUGGCCUGAUCACCCAACGUUAAAACAACUACAACUGAUUGUCAAGCGAAUUAUGUCAUUUUCAGUCACUAGUCCAGUCAUGCGUUUUCUCACUGGCCUGGAGUUGCUGUUGGAAAAAUCACAGGAUUGGGAAGCCAAUGCAGCAAGUCACGUAUCCAUGACAACACAGUUGACAGAACUUACCAGUCUUAUCAUCCAGUGGAGGAAACUUGAGCUCAGUUGCUGGCAUCGCUCUUUGGAUACUGAAGUUGAAAAAUCUCAGCAAAGUGUUUGCCAUUGGUGGUUUCAUUUCUAUCAGCUGAUUGGCUCAUUUGUGUCACCUGACCAGCAGAAGCAGGGUAAUGAAUCAAGUGAAGUAGAACUGAUGAAUGCCUUGAAGAACUUCUUGGAAUCCUCUGCACUUGGAGAAUUUUCUGCCAGACUGAAGCUAGUGUUCGCCUUUCAUUGUCAAGCUGUUCAUAUGAAUCCAUCAGAACGUCAAGUUGCAGUUGUGAACAUGCUGUGGAAUGUGCACCAGUUCUACAAGUGUUUCCUUCCCAGUGUUGAAGAUGAAAUCACCAGACUGAGAAGUCCAAUUGAGAAAGAGCUAAAGGGAUUUGUGAAAAUAGCGCGGUGGAAUGACAUGAACUAUUGGGCUCUGAAACAGACGACUGAGAAAACCCACAAAACUGUUCACAAGCACACAAAGAACUUUCAGGCCAUUCUGAAGAGAUCUGUAAAAGGAUUGUUGGUGGAAAAGGGAGACAACUUCAUUCCAUCUCCCGAAACAACCGACACCUUUUGUGAGAAGUUUAAUGAUUUCCAAACACAGUGUGAGAGAUGUGUACAAAACAAACAGAGUGCAAUAGUCCAGUUUGAUAUUCCUGCAUCCCUGACUUCAACGUCCAGUCUUCAGACAAAGCUGUCCCAGCUGACGGUCAGAUGUGCCAAACACUGGAAGAAACUUCUCACGGUCGUGGAGUACACUGGGCUCGUUGUUUCACUGGACGAGUUCACAGGUGAAAUCAUUGAAGGUGCCCAUGAGCUGCAGUCUACGAAUGUUACUCCUGAUUUGGAAAAAGCCAAGCAGAAGGCUGAAGCCAAGCUGCUGAACGUGAGGAAGAGAAAAGCUCUUGCUGAUCUGUUCAAGCAUCUCACAAUCAUAGGGUUGUCAUACAGAAAAGGUCUGGCUUUGUGUGCAAAAGACAAACACUUUGAUCCUUUGCAUUCACCACCUUUGGACAUUGAGGCAGCCCUAUGUAACAUGCAACAAAUGUCUGAUCUCCCCAGCCUGUGGGACGGUUGUGCAGCCUACUUCUUCAAGUGUAUUGCCCGAAAAGCUCAGUUCAGUAUAGCUUUACAGUCUGCAUCCAAGGAACUUGGUGUUGGCAACAUUGACCGAUGUCGCGGCUUCACUGAACACCUGAUGACCAUGUUGAUGUCUCAACACACUGAACUGACCACCUUCUUCAACCAUUAUACCAAACUUAGUAAGCUGUCUUCAGAAGUUGACAGAUUUAAUUCAGAAAACCCAAGUUUGCCGCCACAGAACCAACUGACACAAUGUUUGUUUGAAACAAAGAGCCUGACAGUACAGCUACUUGAAGGACUCCAGCAGUUUGUGAUUCUCCUCCACUCGUGCCCAUCACGACCUGAUGCCAGCCGACCCUACCCAUCACCCUUCCCACCUGAAAAACUGUCAGCCAUGUCGCUUGUCUGCAAGGGAGAUGACUCUUGGAAUCACUGUCUGGAAGUCACUAAACAGCUGAUUGUCAUGGCUGAAGAGGAACAGAUGAAAUUGUUGGAGAUUACAGACCAGCUUCAUGAUUGGAAUGAUUUCAGAAUUCUGAAGAACUGUUUGAAAUCUUUUGAAAACUUUGUGCCUGAGCUUAACAAGAUGUCUGUAUUAUUUAAUCAUCCACACAAAAACUCCCCCUGUUGUCUGAAUGAGACGCUUCUCUACCUAUCAGGGGAGAUAAGCAAGCACAUUGAAAACUUCUCCUCUUGGAGUGAUGAAUUAUCAGAAGACCGUGAUACACCUUUGGAUCUUGUUGGCGAAAGGGUAACAGAAUUUUCUAGCAGCAUUGACGAUGUUAUUGCUGCCAUGUUACUGGGAGUUCAGAAUCUAGUGAUGCAUCAUGCGAAGGAUUCAUGUUCAGUUUUAGAAGCUGAGAAGUCGAAAGAUGUUACCAAUGAAGAUGCUGACAUGAAGAAAGGUCAUCUGUCUGUGUUUUUAAUCGAUGGCUUGAACACCGACGUACAAAACCUACAGCUUAGUAAAGUGACAAAGAUAAUGGAAUCCUUGUUAACAAGUCUGUCCACUAUGAGAGAUUCACAGUCAGACACAGCCGGUCUUCAAGAAAGUAGCAUCUGUAUCAAGUUGUUACUACGGUGCUAUCCCAUGUUGCAUCAGUACAUGAAGGUUGUAGAGUUCUUUGCUGGUCAGAUGAUUGGUGUCUACAGAGUGUCAGGGAAACUGUUGUCUGUACUACUAGGCUUGUUUACAGAACUGGCUUCAAAGGGCUUCUGUUUGCCUGCUGAGUUCAGUGAUGAGAUGAGUGAGGGUGGAGCCACAGACUUUGUCGAUAUAGAAGGAGGCGGUAUGGGAGAAGGGGAGGGUGUCACUGAUGUCAGCGACCAGAUUGAGACAGAGGAUCAGCUGGAUGACGCUCACAAGGAGGGGGAGGAGAAGAAGGAAGAACAGGAUAACUCCGACUCACAUGUUCCUCCCGAGGACAAAGCCAUAGAGAUGUCGGAAGACUUUGAUGGGAAAGUGGAUGAUCUCGAAACAGCAGAGGGUGAUGAGGACUCUGACGAUGAUGAUAACAAGGAGGAAGAUGAGUUGGACAAACAGAUGGGAGAUGUUGACCAGAAAGACAUGGACAAACUGGAUGAACAACUCUGGGGCAGCGAUGAAGAAGACACUCUGGAAAAUGAGGAAUCUAAGGACGAGUCUGGUCCUGGUGCUGGCCAGCAGACAGAGAGUGAGCUGGUUGCCAAGGACGACAACAAGGACAAGUCUGAAGCAGAGGAUCAGCAGACGUCUGAGAAAGAUGAGAAAAACAAAGAUGAGGAAGAGGACCACGAGAAUCAGACACCGCAUGAGUUAGACGAGGUUAACGAGGAUGAGUAUGAUGAAAACCAUGUGGAUCCCUACCAUGGGAAGCAGGAACCGGAAAAAGAACCAGAAAGCCUGGAUCUGCCGGAUGACCUGAACCUUGAUGAUGAUGAGAAGGCUGAGGGGCAAGAGGGGGAAAUGGAGACAGAGGAACAGGAAGCUCAAGCAGACGCAGAAACAAAAGAAGACUCUGAAAUUCCUAAGGACAUGGGUGAAGAAAAGGAUGAAAAUAAGGAUGAAGGGAUGAAUGAGGAUGAGAAACCAGAAGAUGGCGAUGGUGAUGAUGAUAAGGAUGAUGACAAAGAAGGUGGUAAGGAAGAAGUGAUAGACAGACUGAAGGAGGAAGAUGAAGAACCGUCCAAUCAGCAGGAAGAAGACAAACAAGACUCGGGAGAGAACGAUCCAGGUUUCUCCCCUCAGGAUGAAAUGGAGCAAGAAGAGCCGGAUCAAGAUCCCAACAUGACGGAAGAUCCGGCACUAGGAGCCGAGGAUCAUGGGAAGACUCACCACGACACGGAGAACGUGGAGAUCAGCGAGUUGGCUCAAGACAGCACAGCAACUGGAGAGACCGAGCAGAAAGAGACUGAUGGAACAGGUGUGUCAGCUGCAGAUACUGUGGAUGGACAUGAAGGCCAGACUUCAUUACAAAUUGCUGAUAACGCUGCAACAUCACAAGAAAAUAGAACGCAGCACAAGAGACGGCCAGGGAGAUCAGAUGAUGAUAGAAGUUUGGGAUCUACGGAGCAAAAAUACAAGAAAUUGAAAACCAUUGAUCGGUCAUCACAGAUGGACGAUGACAACCCUGAUGAAAGUGACAAACCGAACACUGAUCUGUAUGAGCAUGUGAAGGACUCGACCUCGCACCAUGAUGCCCAGACUCUGGAUGUAGCAACAGACGAGCAGCAGGCGCAGCAGCCAGUGCCUAACAAAAACAUGGAGGAAGAGGGUGAGCCUGUGGAUGAGGAGGACGAUGUCUUGAUGGAUGAACAAGAUGACAAUGAUGAGAAUAAUCACCAUGUGGAACAGCUGGACGCGUCUAAGGGUAAACUCCGAGACGAGACACACAGAGGUGAGCAGAGUGAGGGGGAAGACAACAUGGAUGAGGGUGAGGAUGGAAAGACAGACAUACCGGGGGAGAGAGUGACCACCACUACAGUGGAACGAGGCCCCGAGUCAUCCAUUCAUACCGUGCUCGACCAUCUGCAUCUGGACACUGCAGGCUCUGAACUCGACGUUGACAAGCUGAGGGCAGAACUGGAGGAGAAUGUAAUGAUCUGGUCACACCAGGAAGGCGCCACCCCAGAAGCUCUGGCUGCAGCAUCGGAUGCCUGGCAACAGUAUGAUGCCAUUACGGCCGGACUCGCCCAGGAUCUGUGUGAACAGCUCCGACUCAUCCUCGAGCCGUCCCAGGCCACAAAGCUCAAGGGAGAUUAUCGCACUGGGAAGCGUCUGAACAUGAGGAAAGUCAUUCCGUACAUUGCGAGUCAGUUCCGUAAAGACAAGAUCUGGCUGCGACGGACGAAACCGAGUAAACGCCAAUACCAGAUCAUGAUGGCCAUCGAUGACUCGUCCAGCAUGGUGGACAACCAUUCCAAACAGCUUGCUUUUGAAUCACUGGCAUUAAUCUCAAAUGCUUUAACUUUGUUGGAGUCUGGAGAAUUGGCUAUUUGCAGUUUUGGAGAAUCGGUGCGAAUGCUGCAUCCAUUCACAGAUCAGUUCACCAACCAGUCGGGGGCUUCAAUACUACAGCACUUCACCUUUGAACAGAAGAAGACAAAAAUCGCUCAGCUGUUAAAACAAGCCACCUCCAUCAUGGUAGAUGCUCGUAGGAGACAGCACGGCAGUGUGGGACAUCCCGAGACGUCACAGUUGCUGCUGAUUGUGUCAGACGGGCGUGGUCUCUUCAUGGAGGGCAUGGAUGUCGUCAAGACGGCGGUGAGGCAGGCCCGCGAGGCAAACAUCUUCCUCGUCUUCGUCAUUCUUGACAAUCCACAGAAUAAGGAUUCUGUCAUGGACAUUAGAGUGCCAGUCUUCAAAGGAUCUGGACAGUUGCCUGAAAUCAAGUCAUACAUGGAACACUUUCCUUUCCCAUUCUACAUCAUUCUAAGAGACAUCAACUCACUGCCUUACAUUCUCAGUGAUGCAUUGAGACAGUGGUUUGAAUUGGUCACUGCGGGAGACCGGUAACAUGACUGGUUUACAUUGAACAUUGCAGAAGAUCAGUACACGUGACAUGCUUGGUAACCAGAGUCCUAUUACAACUGAUGAGAUGGUCACUGCAGAAGACUAGUUAUAUUAAAACAGUGGUUUGAAUUGGUCACUGCAGGAGACCGGUAACUCGAUUGCAGAAGAUCAGUACCCAGUGUUAUAUUAAGACAUCUUUGGUAACCAGUGUCCUAUUAAAACUAAAGAGAUGGUCAUUGCUGGAGACUGGUAACCAUUACCAUUAUUAAAACCGUAAUUUGAAUUGGUCGCUACAUGAAAUUGGUAAGCAAUAUUAUAUUAAAACAGUGGUUUCACAACAUGAAAUUGGUAACCAGUGUUAUAUUAAAACAGUGUUUUCAGCUUGUUAUUACAGGAGACUGAUAACCAGUGUUAUAUUAAGACACUGGUUUCAGUUGGUCAAAUUGUGUAACUGGUACCUUGUUCUAUUAAGACUGGUACCCUGUUAUAUUAAGACUGGUACCCUGUUAUAUUAAGACUGGUACCCUGUUAUAUUAAGACUGGUACACUGUGUUAUAUUAAGACUGGUACCCUGUGUUACAUUAAGACUGGUACCCUGUGUUACAUUAAGACUUAGUGUUAUAUUAAGACUGGUACCCUGUGUUACAUUAAGACUGGUACCCUGUGUUACAUUAAGACUGGUACCCUGUGUUACAUUAAGACUGGUACACUGUGUUACAUUAAGACUGGUACCCUGUGUUAUAUUGAAAAGUUACCAAAGUAUUGGGAUUAAGACUUCUUCAUAUAUUGGUCGUUGUGGGAGACAAGACCAAAGUAAUAUUUAAGACUCAUUAACUUAUUCAUGGAUUUAAAUUGGUAACCGAUUUAAACUGGUCACUGGAACUACAGGCUUGUGUGCAGGAAAUUGUGCAGGCAGGGACUAGACUGUGGCAAGCAAAGGUUUUAGGGGGCUGAGGGGCUAGGCUUAUGCUCCCCCAGAAAAUAUAUUGAAAAAAAACAAGAAAACAUUUUCUAGGAGUGCCUUAAUUAUGAUGGUUGAUUAUGAUCUGACUCUCCGAAACUAAACUGUUUAACUGUCAUGCAGAUUCAGUGUUAUAGGCAGUAAUUAAAAGAUCAGAAAGUUCAAAUAAAACAUGAGCAUUCCAUCUUCGAUUCAGGAUCAGAAUCAGAAUCAAGAUGUUUAUUGUGCUUACAUCAGUCUUGAUUCAAACAUACAGAUUUGUUACCUCUGAAUUUAUACAGACCAAGGGCCUAAUUCACUAAACUCUCGCAACUUUGUGAUCUCGCAGUGUAAUGCUAAAAGACUUGCAAAGAAUAUGCUUUGUUGUCUAACAGAGCCUAAGAGACCUUUGUGAAUUAGGCCCCAAGACUUACACAGAUUUGUAACUUAUGGCUGAAUUUAAUAAGUUAUGUAAAUUGUUAUAAAGCCAUUGUCCUUUGAAAACUAUAAUAUUACAAGCAUAUUAUAAUUAGGCCAAUAUUUUAAGAAUUCAUUUAUUUUUAAUUUUCUAUGUAAUAUAUGUAAGGUAAUAUUUAUGUAUGUAAUGUAUGCAUUUAUCCUGCAACCACUGUUAAUAUUGACAGAAUAUUAUGACAGAUAAAGCAAAGUAAUUUCCAUAUAGUUGCAGGAUAUGACUUUCAACGUGAACGCAUGUGAUGUAACAUGUAUAGCUACAUUACAAAAUCGCAAAAUGUGUAUGUAUUUAUGCGCUAUAUGUAUUGAUAUGUAUUUUCUUCUUUGCACCUUGUAAAAAUGUAUUAUUGUAAAUAAUAUAUCUUGUUUGCUGUAAAACAUGGCUCAUUGUAUAAAUAAAAUUUGAUUCUAUUCAGUUUGACCAAAAAUUAAUAAAUGAUUGGGUGAAAUAUCACAUCAGCAGAUUGGUUUACCAAAUCUGUUUUUUCUUGUGAUCAGAGCCUGUGCUUAUAAAAUAUUUAGAGUCAAGACUGUUUAUGGAGUCUCGGGGGCGGGAUUUAGCUCAGUAGGUUGAGCGCUCGCUUGAGGUGCUUGCGUCGCAGGAUCAAACCACCUCAGUGGAUCCGUUCAACUGAUUGGGUUUUUUCUCGGUCCAGCCAGUGCACCACA